AUGGAAAAGGAUAAUAAAGAAGAAAAUUAUGAACUCAAUAAGGAUUGCUAUCCAAACUUUUAUUUGGCUGAUUUAUUUUAUAAUUUACAAUUAUCACAUAUAUCAAUAAAUGAGAGAAAUGAAACUUUACAAAAGUUGUUAGAUGAAAUAGAAAAAAAUAAUAUGUAUCCGUAUUAUAGUUAUAUUUGCGAAGAAUUAAAUUUAAAUAUAGAUCAAGAUUUAUAUAAAAAGUUAAAAGAUAAAGCUGAUGAAGAAAUGAAUGAAAUAGAAAAAAAAAUAUUAGAGUCUUCUGAAAAUUUUGAUUCUGUUGAAACAAAAAAUGAUCUUCUAAUAAAAGCAAAUUUUUUUUGUAAAAUUGGAGAUAAGGAAAAUUCAUUUAAAGAAUAUGAAGAAGCAUAUAAAAAAGGAAUAGGUAUUGGAGUAAAAUUAGAUAUUUUACUUACCAUGAUAAGAAUUAGUAUCUUUUUUAAUGAUCUAAAAAAUACAAAAAAAUAUUUAGAGCAAGCUAAAACACAAAUGGAAAAAGGUGGUGAUUGGGAAAGAAAAAAUAAACUAAAAAUUUAUGAAGCUUUAAAUUAUAUUAUGAUUAGAAACUUUUCAGAAGCAUCUAAAAUUUUAAUAGAUGCAGCCUCAACUUUUACAGCUACUGAAAUUCUAUCAUAUGACCAGCUCAUAUUUUAUGUUGUUAUCCUUAGCAUAAUGACUGAAGAAAGAACAGUAUUGAAUAAAAAAAUUUUAAAUAAUUCCGUAAUUUUGCAAGUAACAAGUAGUGAUGAUGAUUUGCAGAGUUAUAUUUCAUCUUUUUAUCAUUGCGAUUAUAGAACAUUCAUGGAAAAAAUAAUAAAAAUAGCUAUACGUGUUAAGAGAGAUAAAUAUAUAGGUAGACAUUAUAGAUAUUUUAUUAGAAAUACUAGAGUAAGAGCAUAUAAGCAAUUUUUAGAGCCAUUUAAAAAUGUUACUCUUAAAAACAUGGCUUACGCUUUUGGAGUUAGUGAAGAAUUUAUUGAAAGUGAAGUAUCAUCAUUUAUCGCUAAUGGAAAACUAAAUUGUAAAAUAGAUAAAGUUAAUGGAUCUAUUGAAAGCAAUCAACCUAAUGAAAGAAAUACAAUGUAUUUGAAUACAAUUAAAAAGGGAGAUAUUUUGCUUAAUAGGAUACAAAAAUUAUCUAGAGUUAUCGAUAUGUAA